AUGAGCUCCAAGCCCGACCCGAGCCCGCUGAACGGCAAACUCCAUCGCGCGCUGCCUCUCCCCAUCUCGACGCCGCGAGGGUACAUGUGGAACGAGAUCCGUAAACUUCGCCCGUCCACCGCGGAGGAGGCGGAGUGCCAGCCCACGAAGGACUCGUGCAGCAUCGAGCGCAUCGCGAUGAAGUACGACGAGCGGUGCUGCGCGUGCGACGGGUGCGGGAUCGUGAAGACGAGAUCGUUCGGCACGUCGCGCGUGAAGCGAUCGCGAUCGACGCAGGUGGGAGGAGUCGCGUCCGUCGCGUUGAUGAAGUGUCUCCUCUGCGGCGGCUUGGGGUACGUCCGCGUGUGCACGACGCGCGUCGAGCCGGACUUCAGCGCGAGCGGGAAGGACUCCAUGCCCGCGGACUACGAUCCGUAUGGUUUGGGCUUGCCGAAGACGCCGAACGAUCCGCUGUGCGAGCUAGACGAGGACGGCAAGUCCGUCGACGGGAGCGACAGGACGUGGAAGCCGACGAUGGAGUGA